CGGUGACGUUUUCGUAAACGGAGAGGCAGAAAAGAUCACGCACCCACCGGACCGCAGUCGCACAGUCGGGAAUCGGAUCAGGAAUCGUGCCCGUCGGAACGUAUACUAGGUCGCAGAAAAAGUUUGUGUGGAAGUAGUGAUAACAAUCCGAACCUCCUCCCAGCAAUGGGUUGCUUCUGAUAGUGGCGGAAGCAACAAAGCCAUUGGGAGCAAUACGGGUGCCUAGGACAACAGGUACCAUGUCGACGACCAAAGAAGUGCAUUCGUCGAGUCUGCCGGCGAGGCUGGUCCUAUCGCUGGUGCAUUUACUAUACAGCUUGUUUCUGCAGCUACUGCUGGGUUUCGGCUGGGUCCGACGGAGGCUGAGUGCCAGCCAGAGGAGGCUUUUGCUUCACAACGAGGAGCCGGAAUGUUCCGGUGAGGAUCUGCGCUUCGAGAACGAUGUCAUCGAAUAUGAUGUACGGAGCCUGGAUAAGAUUCCUUCGCAUUUGGUGGUGAUGCUGGGUCCGGAGGAACCGGAAUAUCGGCAACUGGCCAGGUUUAUCUUUUGGUCCAUGGCCGCCGGCGUGGGACACGUUAGCUUCUACGAUCAUCGGGGAACCCUGAAGCGCAACCACCACAAGAUGCUAAAUUUCGUUAGCCAACAUCCCCGCGGCGAGAGCGAUCAGAUAGUGUGGACACCUCAGCUUAAAACCGCCAGCGGACUGCUGCCCCCGCGGAAUGGCUAUCGGCGGCGCGUGGUAGUCAGCUUUUUCUCUCCGGAAGAUGGUAAACACACCCUGGUGCAAACCGCACAAGCAAUUAGCCAUCAGCUGCGCACCGGUGUCGUGGCCUCCCCAGCAGACAUCACGCCGGACCUGGUGGACCAAAACCUCCGGAAUCGGUUCCAUCACAUUCCGGAUCCGGAUUUGGCCGUGUACUUCGGCUCGGUGUGCUCCACCUACGGAAUGCUUCCGUGGCAGAUUCGACUGACGGAGUUUCUUCCUUUGGGAGAGACCCGACUGCAGGAUGUGAAACCGGACCAUUUUAUGAACUGUCUGUACCGGUUUGCCAAGUGUGAACAGCGAUUCGGGAAGUGAUCCACUGCUGGAGUUCUCCAUGCCACGGAGCGCCGGUAGGUACUCUGCCUCAUGUUUUCCUUCGUCGAUUAUAUGGCAGCCCAAUAAAAGUAGAAUUUGAAGAAGGGAAGCAAUUAAGUGUGAAAAGUCAGUGAAAUAAUUAAAAAUUAGCAAUAGUUUAGUAGGAAAAAACGACGAAAAGAAACAAAAAACAAAUAAGUACUAAAAUGAGAAAACAAACAGGUAACUACCAAAAAAUUAAAGGUUAAGAAAAGUGAAAAUGAACACUAUAAAUUAUGAAAAAAAAUGUCAAAGAAAAGAAGAUAACCAGUAAAAUGAUAAGAAAAUCGCAUUAGGAAGAUAUCACAAAAAAUAAUGGAGAAAUAAACAAUCUCAAGAAUUGAAAUAGCAGUUGUUCCUUAACCUCCCAAUUGUCGUUUCAUACUAAACUAUUGCUCAAUUUCAAAAAUUGUUCUACUGAUUGCUUUUACAUUCAACGAACACUGAACGCUAUCCCUUCUCCGAGUACCAUUAUGUCCUUCGAGUAUACCGUAUAAACAUCCGGUUGUCUAAUGUGUAAAUAUUGCGUCUGUUUCUGAGGAACGGAACGAAGAUGCAUUCCCCUCUCCCAAUUUUGAAUAUAUAAGGUAAUCCACUAGUGAGAAUUCAUUUAAGACAUUAGGGUACACUUUUUGUCGAAAUAUGCAUUUGCCAGAGGAAUGCAAGUAAAAGUCAGGAACUAUCAUCAUCCAUCGUCGUAGAUAUUAAUUGUAAGAAACGGGAAUGGAACCAGUUACACGUGGGCGGAUAAUAUUACAUCAUUUCCGGGUAAUUGAUUGUGUAUAGCUAAAUAAAGUUAAUGUGAAUGAGAUAGUAAACCA